UGAUUCACCAUUGAAGAGGUUAGUUAACCAUCAACCUGAUACACGCCACCUCUUCCCUGGUUAGCAGCACGAGGGAAGGAGGCCAGCUCAUGUCAGUAUCCUGUUAGGUCCCCCAUCAAAUCUGGGAGCUACCUCAUGUCUGGGUGGAGCCAGACUGCAAAAAAGAGGGAGGGGGACACUGGAGGUGUGUUGGGGUGUGAGAAGAAGAAGGAAGGCAAAGAUGGACAUGGCAGACUACAGCGAGGCUCUGGACCCAGCAUACACCACGCUGGAGUUUGAAAACAUGCAUGUGCUCGCUAUGGGCGCAGACUCCUCACCGGCUGAGAGCACCAACAUGAGCGCUACCGGCCACCUGACAGCAGGCAGUCUGUGUGCUAUAUGUGGAGACAGAGCCACCGGCAAGCACUAUGGUGCAUCCAGCUGUGACGGCUGCAAAGGCUUCUUCAGGCGCAGCGUCCGCAAAAACCACAUGUACUCGUGCAGGUUCAAUAGACAAUGUAUUGUGGAUAAAGACAAGAGAAACCAAUGCAGAUACUGCAGACUGAAGAAAUGCUUCAGGGCUGGCAUGAAGAAAGAAGCCGUGCAGAAUGAAAGAGACAGAAUCAGCACCAGGAGAUCCAGCUACGAAGACAGCAGUUUGCCUUCCAUCAAUGCACUCAUUCAGGCAGAUGUGCUGUCAAGACAGAUCACCUCCCCCGCUCCCAUCCUGAACAGCGACAUCCGGACCAAAAAGAUCGCCACCAUCACAGAUGUGUGUGAGUCCAUGAAACAACAACUUCUGGUGCUUGUGGAGUGGGCCAAGUACAUCCCAGCGUUCUGUGACCUGCCCCUAGAUGACCAGGUGGCAUUGCUUCGAGCGCAUGCUGGAGAACAUCUGUUGCUUGGUGCGGCAAAGAGGUCCAUGCUAUUUAAAGAUAUCCUCUUAUUAGGGAAUGACCACAUCAUUCCCAGGAACUGUCCAGAGCUGGAGGUGGGCCGGGUAGCUGUGAGAAUCCUGGAUGAGCUAGUACUUCCCUUCCAGGAGCUUCAAAUAGAUGACAGUGAAUAUGCCUGCUUGAAGGCCAUUGUUUUCUUUGACCCAGAUGCAAAGGGUCUGAGUGACCCCGGGAAGAUCAAAAGAAUGCGAUACCAGGUUCAGGUCAGUCUGGAGGACUAUAUCAAUGACCGGCAAUACGACUCCCGGGGGCGUUUCGGAGAGUUGCUCCUACUGCUGCCGACCCUACAGAGCAUCACCUGGCAAAUGAUUGAACAAAUCCAGUUUGUCAAACUUUUUGGCAUGGCCAAGAUUGACAAUCUUCUACAGGAAAUGCUUCUCGGAGGUUCUGCCAAUGAAGCUCCACAUGCACCUCAUUCUCUUCACCCUCACCUUGUUCAGGAGCACCUCAGUAGCAACGUCAUAGUGGCCAGUAACAUGCCAACACCCAUCCAUAAUGGACAAAUCUCCACUCCAGAAACCCCAAUACCAUCUCCGCCUACAGCCUCCAGCUCAGAGCAUUAUAAAAUAGCCCAAGGGGUCAUAGCCACCGUCCCCAAGCAGCCAACCUCCAUCCCUCUACCGACCAUUACCAAGCAAGAAGCUGUCUAGAAAGCCUCAGAGUCCUCAUUUGUCCAGUUUGUAUUGGUGUUAGAUUGGGAUCUUCAUUUGUAACAGAUGCUUAAAGCUGUCAACUUGACUGUAACAAUAAGUGUGUUGAAAGUAAUUACAAUAAUGCCCCUUGCUGUUUCCAGUUUAGAGACUACUGGGUUCCAACCUUCUUCACACAUGCAGUUGAAUGCCACAGAAAAAUAAGUAUCAAAGCUAUUUAUCGUUCUGUAUGACUGGCAUUUAGAACAUGGUUGUGUAUAUAGUUUUUGAAAGGCCAGCAUUCCUUUCUUUUGUGUGGACAUUGCUUAUGUUUGACAUGGCGAUGAGACCAUGUCAGUAUUUUAUGAAUGUUACAGGGCUUUGCAUUCUGUUUAGUGUUGCGUGUUUUUAUAUUUCAUGUUCAUCUGUGACAUAAUGGUGUGGCAUUGCAUUUUAUCAACGCUAAAGAAAAAAACGCAUAUGAAAAACCGCUUAUCUUGUUAUGCUAAACCUGUGUAACAAGACUAAAAUAUCUGCUUGUUUUACAUAAUAGCAAUAAGUUAUGUGUUCACACUACUUUUUCUUAAGCACCCACACUGAGGAGGUUCCGCAGGAACAUGUGUGCUUUUUUAAAAUGUGUAUAUUUUGUGUUUAGUACUUUCAAGUCAUACUGAUAAUAAAUUGUGCCUUGUAACCUGUACUGCCUUACAACCAUGCAAUGUGUUGUCAUACAAUGUGAAGACGAACUAAUAAAUC